AUGACUGAUCAGAAAGUUAAUACGCCUAUUAAGGUAGCAUUUAUCCAUCCAGAUCUAGGUAUUGGUGGUGCAGAGAGAUUGGUUGUAGAUGCAGCACUGGGCUUACAAGAAAAAGGUUAUGAGGUGAAAAUGUUCACCUCCCACUGUGACAAAGAUCAUUGUUUCGAAGAAAUUAAGAAUGGUACACUAGAGGUUGAAGUGUUUGGAGAUAACCUUCCAACUAAUUUCAAUAAAAAGUUUUUUAUAGUUUUUGCGACUCUAAGGCAGUUAUUUUUAACUUGGAAAUUAUACACUACAGGCCAAUUAAACAAUUACGAUUUAUACAUUGUUGAUCAACUCUCGACAUGUCUUCCAUUUUUACAUCUAUUCUCCAAUGCAAAAUUACUUUUCUAUUGCCAUUUCCCUGAUAAAUUUUUAAGUUAUAGAACUUCUUUGUUAAAAACAUUGUACAGAAUCCCAUUCGAUUUGACCGAACAGUUUGCUUUGAGCUGUGCUGAUAAGAUUGUCGUUAAUUCCAAAUUCACAAGGUCUAUGUAUCAUAAAGCGUUUAGCUUGUUAAGAAAUGAGCCAGAUGUUAUUUAUCCAUGUGUGGACCUAGAGCCCAUAAAAAUUGAAGAUGUUGAUAAAAAUUUGUUUGAUCAAAUGUUCAAUGAUGGAGAUAAAUAUUAUUUGAGUAUAAAUAGAUAUGAAGGGAAGAAAAAUGUUAAACUAGCUUUAAGGGCCUUUGCAUUAUCUAGUGCUGCAUCGGAUGAUAAACUCAAGUUGGUGAUUUGUGGUGGGUAUGAUCCAAGAAUAAGUGAAAAUGUAGCAAACUUGCAAACUUUAGAGAAAGAAGCCAAGGAAUUGAAGUUACCAUAUUCAACUAUAGCAUAUGCUACUUAUAGGAAAGACUUUGAUUCAUUUAACAUUGAUGCAAAGGAUAAGAAAGUCAUUUUUCUGACCUCCAUAUCUACGUCAUUAAAAGAGUUAUUACUAAGUAAGACAGAAAUGUUAAUGUAUACUCCAACAAACGAACAUUUUGGUAUUGUUCCUCUGGAAGCUAUGAAGUAUGGUAAACCUGUAUUGGCUACAAAUACGGGUGGUCCGUUGGAAACUAUUAUUUCCUAUAUUCCAAAUAAAAAUGAGCAAGAGACUACUGGUUGGUUAAGAGCCCCAAUCCCGGGAUCAUGGGCUAAUGUAAUUGAUGAAAUGAGAACUCUUCCUGAUAUUGAUUUUGCCAGUAAUGGUGAGAAGAGAGUGAAAUCUAAGUUCACUCGUGAUGUUAUGACAUGGACUUUCGACGAAAAUAUUGAUAAAAUAAUUUGGACAAAAAAGACAAAGUUAUUCUGGGAAAAUAUCCUAUUUUCACUAUUGCGUUUAAUGUUUCAUCUCAUAAUUGUGAAGGUAUAUCCUGAGGCUUCUCUGCCAUUUUUAUUUCUAGCAGCUAUAUCUUUCCUUUAUUUCAAAGAUUUUAUUGGCACAUUAUAUUGGUCAUUCAUUUUCAUUUUGACUUCUGAUUUAUUAACCAACUAUUUAAAUAAAUGA